AUAACAGUACCGAGCCCGCUUAUAAUUUUGCUGAAAUAGAAGGAAGUGACUGCCAACAAUUACUGUAGGGGAAAUGUGCCUUUAUAUAGUCGCCUGCAAUAGCAGCCACAGGGUGUCAAUACAACAACUGCCGUCCGCUGUAUGCUUCUCAUCUGAGUCCCCGUAUUUGAUAAGAGCCCAAUCUUGGCGGGGAAUUGUCUCAAGAUUUAACCUGUGAGCUGCUUGCAAGGUGUCGGCCUCCAUUGUGGGACAGUCGGGGUCAAGGCCGAAGCGCUGUUUGGAGCUCAUCUCGCGGUGUGUUUUGCACUCAUUUGUGAGCAGUCGAUUAUAGCAUAGGAAAGAUGCCGAGCACAAAGGUGGAUCAUACCAACAAACAGGGCGGGAAACAGUGGGGGAAGCUGAAAAAGGACCAGGAAGAGGCUUUAGAAGCGAUUAACGAGGAAAUCAUCAAAAAUGGUGAAUACAGCUCGUAUGAAGAUCUCGAGGAGAGGCUGAACAACUACAAAGAAAAGUUUAUCGAGUAUGAUCUGGAUAACUCCGGUGAUCUUGAUGACAAGGACGUCACCUUCAUGAUGGAGAAGCUUGGCCAGCCCAAGAACCUCCUGGAAGUGAAGAAGAUGAUUGCUGAGGUGGACACCAACCGCUCGGGUACCAUCAACUACAACGAGUUCAUCGAGAUGAUGCUAGGCAAGAAGAACAGCGUCCUUAAAAUUAUCCUGAUGUUUGAGGAGAAGAAAAAGGGAAAAGAACAGCCAACGGGCAUUCCUCCAAAAAGGAGCCUAGAGGACCUUCCUUGAUUUCGACCGAAGUCAGAAAGCUAUGCAUUUUCUGUCCGAUUUUUGUUACCAACGAACAGUGAUUUUUUUUUCGAAUUGUCUGCAGUUUUUUUUAAAGUUGAGCAAAGUCACCGCGUGCUUCUCUGUAUUAUAAAACAGACUAUAUUUCCAGGCUUCCAUGCUGUGUUUAAUUUUGCAAGACACACUGCUUGUUUAACGUCUAACAGAUAUUACCGGUGUCUCUUUCAUCGACUGUCUUUGUCAUUGAAUUUUUUUUUCGUGUAAUGAGUGACCACUGUCUGCGAGUAUAGUUUAAUUGCAACGACAGUCUGCUCAGAAAACUACUAAGCAAACUUUGGCUUCCCGGCAAACCCAAGAAUUUUUUUUGAAUUAAAAAGAAUAAGACAGCUACAGUGACAUGCUAUUUUUUUCCCUAAAGCGAAAUACAACAUAAAUCUAAAUUCAGGCCCAAAAGUAGAGCGAAAUUGAAGUGGAAAGAAUCUAAUUAACAUUUGGAAAUAAUUAUCAGUUUUCAGUAAAAUGGUUUCAAACUUAUAGGCCUAGACGGGUUACGGACCAUAUCACCCGCAUUUAUCCUCUUUAUAUAGAUAUUACCGUACAAGAAAAGCAAAGCAAAAAAGAAACCAGCUAACCCAAUUGCUUGCUAUGAAACAUCAGAAUUUUUGUGUAAAUAUCAUCGCUAACCAAUGCCUGCAUUUUACUGAAUUAGUUAUUACCUUGGUACAUUUUCUCACAAUUUUUAUGUUCUGCCCGUGAGACUGAUUCAUUCCUUUUUAUGGUAUGUAUAAUUUCGAAAAUGGAAUUUAUAAUUGUCUUGUAAUGUACGAACUACAUAAUUGUAGACAUUAUUGUUCUCAAGAACUUGUAGAUUACGUUUUGAGUAGAUUGUGGCAAGUAUUGUGUGGGCUCGAUAGAAUGGGUGUUGUUUUGUAAUAAUCCCAUUCAUUCACAGAGUAAUUUAAAGCAUGUUUUUACUUGAGUUUAUAUUGCCAUUUGUGGUGUUUUUUUUCCUGUUCACUUGCAAUAGAACCUUUCCUGGAGUUCUGCUUUCGAACUAUCCAAACAGUGUAUAGAAAGUAUUAUUGUACAUGGAGAUGCUUAUGUUCAAAAAGAAUAAUAAACACCAAUAUUUUGUAUGUAA